AUGUCUUCAUCGACUUCUCAAAGCUCUAGCCGAUAUGUUUCGCCUCAUUCAAGUCAAAAAACUUGUGAGCAUGGGGUGGACGUGUUUACGUCAAUGACUCCAGAAAAUCCGGCGAGGAGGUUCAGUCGGUGUAGUCGAAGAAAGGGCCCCGAGAAAUGCGGUCAUUUUGAAUGGAUCGAUCCAAGUUUUCCUCCAUUUCAGAAAGGUUGCUUUGUGAACUUGAUGGGUCAGAAAAAGAGUUUGGAAGAACAAUUAAGGUGCAAAGAGGUUAUGGAAAAUCUGAUGAUAGAAAGGAUGUCAAUUAAGGUAUCAGAGAUUGAGAAGGUGCAAGAUCUCUAUGAGCAAACUCAAUAUUUGUUGGAGGUUCAAACCUUGAAGUGUGAAGACAUGGAGAAGAAGAUGAAGAUUGCAAUGGACAAAGUGAGCAAGCUCCAAAGAAUGUUUGCAAUGGCAGCAAUUUGGCUUAUAAUACUCAUAUUCAUAAUACUGAUAUUGGUUUAUUCAAAAAGAGACAAUCGUACUAAUGGAUACAUUGAGUUGGGACAAUUGAACUUUGUAGGGUAG